AUGCUCGGGAACCAUUCGACAAUGGCGCACGACGAUGGCCUAAUUGAGAGCAACGAACAAGAGCAGCGCCGUGAGGACAGGGCCAUGCCGGGCUUAUCCACGAUUGAAAGAUUCCUCGCGCGAUUUGGGGGCGUUUUCCACGAUAUCGAGAGAAGCCAGCCCAUCGAAGAUUUCGUUACGCGCAUGGAUACGAAUAAAGUCAUCGUCGCGAUGAGGAUCGAGGAUACGGGGAAGUUUGUGAAUGCGCUAGCUGAGGAGCUGAACCCCACAAAGAUCCAAUGGGACUAUGAGAAAGUGGUCAUGACCCUCGCUGGUUACAAGAAUUCGGGCAACAAAAUGGUUACCAAAGGCGGUGUGUACGCUGGAGACCUCAUUCGGGCUUUUCACCAGCUUCGAGACGUUGCUGACAUGAGGGAGCCCGCUGACCGCAUGCAGAGAUUUCUAUCGGUCAUACCUCCAUAUACCCUUGACGAUGUGAGACUAAAGCUGUGGCUUAAGGCGAAGUUGACCCCGGAACAGGCUUUCGAGAUACUGCCGUCCGGCUAUCGCUUUGAUCUCAAGUCAAUAAAUAAGAAGCACGGUGAGUUGUCGACGCAGAUCGCAUAUUUUCGUGCUGUCGAUCCACUAGAGCAAUACAUCGAACGAUACCGCGUAGAGGUGCAACAGGACUACAGCAAGGAUGCCGAAGAUAGUCUGCUGAAACUCUACACUGAUCAGCUUAGCAACCUCCCGUUCAAAUGGGACACGAAGACGGAUCCGACCCUCUAA